GAAGAGAAAAACUUUGUACCCUUUCUGUUCAAAAGCCUCAUAAGUGCUAUUUUCUAGUCUUUAAACAGUCUUUUGAGUGUCUGUAGCAUUUUGUUAAAAUUUCUGUACUGUCAUUAGCUCUGAUUUUUGGGUAUUGUCUGUGCCUGCAGAGGGCAUCUCCUGUGAUGCCUCUGGCGCAUCACAGCUCUUUGAGGUGCAGCUAGCUGAUGGGAAAGGUGGAGGCCCUGGGGUCAGGUCACUCCCUGGUACAGACAGGCUGAUAUCCAACCUCAUCAAUGCCUGCCUUCUGUGGAGGCAGGAGCUGCUUAUUGAUUCCUGCUGUUUCUGCACUAUGCUGAACGAGUGCUCAACUGGCUCAGUUGGCAACUAGCCCAUAGAUGCCUCUGUACCUUUAGCAGGUCUGAAGGAGUUGUACUGUUCCCAGUCGGGGGCAGUGAAUCUCUGCGCUCAUACUGGAAGAUGUACCUGCCCAAAGUGCUGUUGCUGGUCUAUGUCGUGGACUCGGCUGAUCAUGCCCGACUGCCUGUGGCGAAACAGCUGCUUCAUCAGCUAAUCCAGAACAACUCCACCCUGCCUGUGGUAGUUCUGGCCAACAAGCAGGACCUCGAAGGUGCAUAUUGUAUCACUGAUAUUCACGAUGCUCUGGCUCUGUCUGAUAUUGGGGACGAGAGGAAGAUGUUCUUGAUUGGUACCCAUGUGGCAGAAGAUGGCUCUGAGAUCUCCUCCAGCAUGCAGGAUGCCAAGGAGCUGAUAGGGCAGCUGGUUUUGGAAACACAGUGACAGCUCUUUUCUUACAAUAAACAGGUGUUUGCAGCUGAGGGAGAGCAGGUGUUAGUAUAUGGUCAGUUUGCAGUGUGGCAGCUGAAAUUAACAAAUAUGCUUUCCUGGUAUGUGUGGAAUUCCUCUGAAAGUGAUAUCUAGUUGGUAAGAAAAUCUUAAUUUAUAGUGGUUUGAAAAUACAUUUGAGAAGUAGUCUAUUUUUAGCAUAUUUGUAGGAGAAAAAUAGUCUGUCUCUCAGGCAGCAGAUUUAAGGGCAAAUAUAGCUUAGAUGGGCUAGAUAACUUCACGUCAGGUGGAAGAAAGUUGCAUCCAGUGAAUUUAACAUGGCUUGAUGUCUCAGGUUAAAGUGAAAUAUGUUUACUUCACAGAUUUUACAGAACCCUUUUAACAGUGGUGUUCUGUUGAAAAUGAGACCUCACUUCUUGACUGUGUCAGAAAUGUAAAGUGCUAAAACUAGUGUUUUUGACAGUGACAGUUCUUGUUGUGUUGGACCCAGUUAUGGGAGUAGCAAAUUGGUAAUCUCUGGAAAUUGGGUUGGUUACUGCUUCUUUAGAGGGUAAGAACAAGAAAAUGAAACCAGUAAUAUAUUAAGUGUUCGUUUGCCUACAGGCAAAAAACCAAAAUGGUGUAAUUUGAGGUAGUGACUGGAUGCUUUUAAGUUAAAUUGGCAGCUAAGGUGGGAGACUUGUCCAUCAGGUUGAGCAGCUUAUUUAAGCUUAGUCCGAGAUGUCUUUGAACAAGUAGUCUUAUUUGUGAAAACCCUGUUGUUUCAUGACGGUGGUUUCUGUUAGCACAGCAGGUGAGGAAGAUGACAAGCUGCUGAGGAGUGUCACCUUCCCGGUGUCCUCCUAAUUAUGCUCAAAGGACAUGACCCAGGAGCAGUCCUGUAAAGGACCUGUUUUGCACCCGCGUCUAUUGUACGAGGCUUUUACGGUUUUGUCUUAUGUAACAGAUGCAUAAAGCAGAAAAUUCCACCCUAA